CGCCGUGCCUCCCUCCUGUGCGCCCAACUGACACCGCCUCGGGCUCUAACGCCCUUCCUGAGGCUCAGGGGAUCGCUGUCCUGUGGCAUUGCUGUUGCAAAAUGUGGAGUAUGGAUAAGUUCUGUUAAGAAAAGGUGUUCUUUGAUGUUUGACGUUUUUAUGCCUUCUAGCCUAAUCAACAAGAAGGGAGAUGUAACCCGUGAAACGGCAGCUAACGAGCUCUAAGUGAUGUGCCUGUGUUAGAAUAACAGAUUGGUAGAAUUGCCUUGUUAAAGUUUAGGGCUGGACAUGCUUCAAUGAUCUCAGACCUGGGGGGAGCUUAAUAAAGCUCGAGAAAAAAGGAUGCCCGCUGAUAGAGGACACAAAGAAUGCAGAAUUUAUGGGCCAUCUGGCAAGAGCUCCCAAGAUAAGGAAGAAACUAAUAAACUCAACUCAGCGACCGUGCUGAAAUGACCUCCAACUGGGUAAAUGUAAUUUUACAUCUGCAGGGGCAGGUCAUGACCACCAACCCACAGACCACUGGCCCAAAAGGAGAGAACGGGACUAAUUAGCAUGAGAAACAACAGAAUAAUUAACCAAUAAUUAACAAAUUCAGAACCAUGUGACCUGUGGCCAAGGCACACUAAUUCCUUUGUUUGCUAAAAUGUGUAAAUAGUAAUAAAUUUUGAUCAUCGGUGAGCUCAAUUUGUGGAAUCCCACAGGGCCCCAACUGUGCAACCCUGAAAUAAAUGACCGGUGUCUCUCUGGAGUGUGUAACUAUUGUUGCACACAGAGUAAUUAAUGCAAUUUUUGUGGAGAACACCAUUACCAACUGCCCUGCUGAGCCCCAGGAGUUGUCACCAGGCUGUUUGCACAGGACCAGCCCUCUCCGUUAAAGCUGUUUGUGUGAUGAAAACAAUCCAGUUGGUGGGUGGAGAGAUGAUCUCUCACCACGCUCAUGUGUGACUCACAUAAAGGUGGAUAAAAGGCACAUCUGACCCCACAGUCACAGGGUUUGGUGAAGAGUUCAGUGAAAAGUGUCUGCAUUUUCAUGUGAGGGAUUUGCAGCAAACUGCUGCAGGGACAGAAAGACUUGGAGCUGAUGCAGCCCUGGUGUCUGCCACCAGUGUAUUUUCAUCUUUACUUUUAAUAUUCAUGAAUGGAAACUGGUGGGAGGACAUUGCUGUUCAUAUCUUGGCAAUCUCACAUGAAGAAGUGCCUGAUUUUUACAGGUUUUGAAUGACAGAUGAUUCAAGUUUGAAUGGCAGAUGAAGUUCAGUCACUAACACAGGAGAUGUGCAGACAUAUACACUUCCCAAAAAAAUGGAAUUUGUGUGGUUUCAUGUUCAGGGUCUGUGUGCAGGACUCAACAGAGAAGGGAUGGGGAUUUCUGAUCAUGUUUUUUGCAUUAAAUAUUUACAGUUAGCAUCUUUCUGUAUGCAAGCAGCAGGUCGAGUUGUUACCUUGUGCAAUAUAAACACAGAUCUGCUCACACAAAUCAUUAAAAGAACCUAAAACUCCAGCCAAGAACGCACAUCAGAGACUGGAAUUGUGGUGGGAGUGCUUGGCACAGAGCAAAAAAGAAAAAAAAACAUUUUACAGACAUUCUGAAAACAAUUAAUUUACCAGAGAGUGGACUUUGAUGGAUAGGAAUCCAUGCUGCCAGGAAUACCUUGUCAGAGCUUGUCAGAUUGGGAAUCAAAACUUGGAACAAGAUCCAAGUUAGAUUAUAAAUACUCCAGUGGAGUCCUUCACAGAAAAAUGCACAGAAAAUUUGUUUUUGUGGAAUAGUGAAUCCAGAGCUGCCACCCCAGGCUGCUGUGCCAUUGAGGAAUGUUCAUUCCUUUGGGCCACGGGACACAGAUCUCAGUCUGAUCAGAAUCCCUCAGGUUUGACUGCUUCACAUGAGGACCUGCACUGAAUAUUCCACCCAGAUCUUGGGUGCCCUGUGGCAGAAGGACAUUGGCCAGAGGGAUGGGAAAGAUUGGCACCAUUGCUGGAAAAGUGAAGUCAUUGCAGUUGUGAAGAAAGCCAGUUUCAGAUCCGUGCGCCUGAUGAAGAAUGACACCAUGAGCUUCCAGAAAUUCCCCUACACCAGCGAGGAUGAGGCCUGGAAAACCUACCUGGAGAACCCCCUGACUGCAGCCACCAAGGCCAUGAUGAGGGUGAACGGGGACGACGACAGCGUGGCCGCCCUCAGCCUGCUCUACGACUACUACAUGGUGCCCAAGGAGAAGAGGAUCCUGCCAGCUGGGAUGGUGGCACGCAAUGACCUGGCAAAGAGCAGGCACUGCCACGGGAUGGACUAUGAGCCUGAGCUGCCCUCCUUCGAUGGCUCAGCCCAUCUCAUGAAGCUGCUGUCAGAGAACGUCUCCAUGAGCCAGGAGUUCUGCGAGCCCCCCAAGAAGAAUGGCCUGAGUCUCGAGGGUGUCCCUGCUCCUCACAAGGCAGCCCUGCUCCCUCCAGGCACCAGCAAGCUGGAACCCACCCCAGACAACUUCCUGGUGGCCCCUGGGGACGUGUAUGACAGCAGCUCCCUGAACUCCCUGUUUGAGAGCCUGCCCAUGGCCCCGGCCCAGCAGCGCUGGCAGCCCGACAGCACCUUCAAGGAGGACCCCCAGGAGACAUUGCUCUUCAGUGACAUCCUCAAACCCCAGCCAGAGCCACCCUGCCCCGAGAGUUACCCCUCAGAUGGAGUGAAGAGUGACUUUGAAUACACGCUGGGGUCACCCAAAGCCAUUCACAUCAAAUCUGGGGACUCUCCCAUGGCCUACCUCAACAAAGGACAGUUCUACCCCAUCACACUGCGGACAGCUGGAGACAGCAAAUGUUUGCACUUGUCCUCAAAUAAAGUGAAGAGCGUGGUGAUGAUUGUGUUUGACAAUGAGAAGAUCCCCACGGAGCAGCUGAAGUUCUGGAAGCACUGGCACUCCCGGCAGCCCACGGCCAAGCAGAGAGUCAUCGACGUGGCUGACUGCAAGGAGAACUUCAACACGGUGCAGAACAUCGAGGAGCUGGCCUACAACGCCCUGUCCUUCGUGUGGAACAUCCACGAGGAAGCCAAGGUGUUCAUCGGGGUGAACUGCCUGAGCACAGACUUCUCCUCCCAGAAGGGGGUGAAGGGGGUGCCCCUGAACCUGCAGAUCGACACCUACGACUGCGGCAGCGGCAGCAGCCAGCUGGUGCACAGGGCUGUGUGCCAGAUCAAGAUCUUCUGUGACAAGGGAGCAGAGAGGAAAAUGAGGGAUGAUGAAAGGAAACAGUUCAGAAGGAAAGGAAAAUGCCUGGACUCCAACAACAAUGGUCUCAAAGGCUGUUUGCUCUCUGGCUUCAGAGGGAACGAGAUCACCUUCCUGCGGCCCGAGAGCGACCUGGAGACGCAGCCCGUGCUCUUCAUCCCCAACGUGCAUUUCUCCGCCCCCCAGCGGUGUGGCUCGGUGCUCCCUCCUGCUGUUCCCAACUCUGCAAACAGGCUGCCCCUCAAGCGGAGCGGGGCCUCCUUCGGUGACGACUUUGACGCGGUGCCCCCAAAGCACAGCAAGGACGAGGAUCCCCAGAGAGUGCUGCUCUACGUGCGCAGGGAGGCCGAGGAGGUGUUUGAUGCUCUCAUGUUGAAGACCCCGGACCUGCAGGGCCUCAGGACAGCUAUUUCAGAAAAAUAUGGGCUUCCUGAAGAAAGCAUUUACAAAGUCUACAAAAAGUGCAAAAGAGGGAUCCUGGUGAACAUGGACAACAACAUCAUCCAGCACUACAGCAACCACAUGGCCUUUCUGCUGGACAUGGUAGAGGCAGAGAACAAGUUCCAGAUCAUCCUCAAAGAGCUCUAAAGAGCUGCAGGCAGCACUUCCUGGCACUUCUCUCCGAGCUGGCACGUGUGACCCCACAGAGCUCAGCCCUGUGCCCGCUCUCGUUGCCUUGACUUGAACCCCACGGCCCCGGGGCCGGGCCACAGACUGCUGUGACAUCAUCCUGUGAACGUGGAACUUGGCUCUGUUGACUUUAUUAUUAUUAUUAUUAUUAUUUUUAUUAUUAUAUUUGAUUCCCUUCUGGCAGCGGGCCUGAGCUGCCGUUUCAGAGCUGGGCACAGGAGGUGACACUGCCAGGCCUGGGCAGAGAGCAGAGCUGGUGGCCCUGGCAGGGAGUGAUGCCAGCCCAGGCCCUGGCAGGGAGUGAUGCCAGCCCAGGCCCUGGCAGGGAGUGAUGCCAGCCCAGGCCUGGCCUCUCCACAGCCCCUGCAGAGCUUUCCCAGCAGGGCAGAGCCUGGCUCUGAGCUCUGAGCUCCCCUCUGGCACAGAGACUCUCCCAGCUGCAGCCCCAGCUGAAUGGACACUGCCUGCUGAACACCCUCCCUGCACAUCCCUGACUGUAAAUACCACGGAGGCCUCCACAACCCCUGUUUAUACAUUUCUGUGUUGUUCCUUUUGUAUUUUAUAUGUGUAUAAAUAUGCAUUGUUUUAUACUGGACUCAGUAUGUGACACAGAGCAUUUCAAACACAGGCUGCUUCACAUUUCUCUGUGAACUCCUUUUGUAACUGUGUUGUUGGUUGUGUUGUUUUGGAUAUUCUGUACUAAUAA